GGGAACUUCUGAUACAUCUUAUACUGCACCAAUAGAUAUGCAUACCAUGAAAAAUGCUGAAAAUAAAAUAGGAAAUCAUUCCAAUGAUGGAACAAUGGAAACAGAAAUAAAUAACUCAGGACAAGCAAAAACAUCCACAACAUCUUUUGAAAUCUGGUCUGACUCGGAAAAUGAAGAACCAGAACCUGAACUUGAAAAUAUAUUUAAAACAACUUUGGAAGAAGCCGAAAAUUCUGAGAAACAAAAGUGUAACACAGAUACAAAUGGUACUUUAGUUUGUGAAUGGAAUGGGGGUAAAAAGUCUGAGAAGAAUAAAAGUCAUGAAAUAAUUGAAUUGGAAAAUGAGAUACACACGACAACAUCAGAAAUUCAGCCUGAACCGGGGCCGGUAAGUAUCAGGGUGACUUUUACGUCUUAUAUGGGCAUUUAUGGUAACAUUUUUGAGAAGCCAUGCCCUUUUGGUGAUUUGGAAGGAUCACCCUGGACCCAUAAAUUGACUGGGAUUAAUAUAGGUAACUGA